GUGACCAAGAGCCGGCCUUGACUCAACCACAUCUCUCCAAUGGCCUACUACGACGCCUAUCGCAAUGCCCCGGGCUGGGGAACGUCCAACUACCAAUUUCUUUCACCGAUGCAACCUUCUUACCAGCCGCAACCGAGCUGGACAGGCGUUGAUUACUAUAGGGCACAUGGAGGGCUCGCCGAUCCAGGCGUUUACGACUACGCAUGGAACAGAGUGCGCAACCGUUCAAGCAUGGGAAUAGGUAUGGAGGAUGCCCGUAUAUUGCAUCGUCGUGCAUACGGUGGUUUGGGUGAUAUCCAGAUGAUGCUACCGAGUGAUGUCGGCGCUGCAGCGGCUUACGAAGCCUGGCGCAAUUGGAAAUAUCACAACGGAAUAUAUGCACAACCGCUUGCUGGCGACCGCGAGCGUCAGAGGGAAGCUCUUAUUGGCCUCGCAGUCAGUGAAGCUACACGACUCUGGCAAUAUACUGGUCGAGCGGCUGAUACCUACGGGCGUCUCGAGGCAUGCGAAAGCGCAGGAGCAACAGCCGACCAAAUACUGGAACAAGCGUGGCUACUCGAGGGUGGAGGGGCUUACGACCCGUAUCCAGGUCGUGGCCGACUUUCACGACGUGGCUCGGCUUCUUCUCUCCGCUCUUAUUCACCACUUUCGCCUGGUAUGCCUGUAGUAGGAAGUAUUGGUCAUUCUCGCUCUCGCCCCGCAUCACCUUUUCUAGGAGACGGUUAUGGAUACGCUAGUUCAAGCGCAUACAGUCCGAGUGCUUACAGCACAAGUGCAUAUGACGCCCCGUACUCGCGGAGACGUGCCUAUUCAAACGCAGCUGCGUACCCGAUGAACUAUGGAACGCCUAUGACAACUCAAUCUCAAUAUCUCCAACCAACGACCUAUCAAUCGGGAUAUUAUGGCCAACCACUCUCUCCUACGUAUGCCGCAGCGCAGCCGAACGUAACUGUUAUCCAACCGCCAUCCUCACACCGCCACCAUCGUAGUCACAGUCGGCACAGACACCGGUCGGGUUCGCGCCACCGUUCGUCAAGGCACAGACAUAGCGGAAGCUAUGGCAGCUACGGAGGAAAUUACUACGUUGGAAAUUCGGUACCGUACGGUGUUGGGUAUUGAACGCUCACUCUUCAUGAUCUAUUUACGACGAUUUCCAGUCCGUCCAUGCUCUGAAUGAUGGAAGGAUAACCUACAUUAUUACCCAAAUCCCUAAUAGUUGCUCCACCGUUUACCCUUUCCAGCUUUCAUAUCCCACUCAUGAGUCCACUAACCUGUUGUUUAUUCACC